UUCCCGCCUGGUGCUGUGUCUUCCUCUCCGCGGAACUGUCACAGGCAAUGUCAAUGCAGAACACCACGUCAUCCUCUGACUUCAUCCUCCUGGGGCUUCUGGUGAACAGUGAGGCUGUGGGGGUUGUGUUCACAGUGAUCUUGGCUGUUUUUGUAGUGGCUGUCACUGCAAAUUUGGUCAUGACAUUCUUGAUCCAGGUGGACUCUCGCCUCCACACCCCCAUGUACUUUCUGCUCAGUCAACUGUCCAUCAUGGACAUACUUUUCAUCUGUACCACUGUCCCCAAACUCCUGGCAGACAUGACUUCUAAAGAGAAAACCAUUUCCUCUGUGGCCUGUGGCAUCCAGAUCUUCCUCUACUUGACCAUGAUUGGUUCUGAGUUCUUCCUACUGGGCCUCAUGGCCUAUGACCGCUACGUGGCUGUCUGCAACCCCCUGAGAUACCCAGUCCUGAUGGACCGCAAGCUGUGUGUGUUGCUGGCGGCUGGCGCCUGGCUUGGCGGCUCCCUGGAUGGCUUUCUGCUCACUGCCAUCACCAUGAAUGUCCCUUACUGUGGCUCCCGUAGUAUCAACCAUUUCUUCUGUGAGAUCCCCGCAGUUCUCAGACUGGCCUGUGCUGACACGUCGUUGUAUGAGACUCUGAUGUACACCUGCUGUGUCCUCAUGCUGCUCAUCCCCAUCUCCAUCAUCUCCACCUCCUACUCCCUCAUCUUGUUCACCGUCCACCGCAUGCGCUCAGCCGAAGGUCGCAGAAAGGCCUUCGCCACUUGCUCCUCGCACUUGACUGUGGUGAGCGUUUUCUACGGAGCUGCCUUCUACACAUACGUGCUGCCGCAGUCAUUCCACACCCCCGAGCAGGACCAAGUGGUGUCAGCCUUCUACACCAUUGUCACACCUAUGCUCAACCCCCUCAUCUAUAGCCUCAGAAACAAGGAUGUCAUAGGGGCAUUCACAAAGGUAUUUGCAUGUUGCUCAUCAGCUCAGAAAGUAGCAACAGGUGAUGCGUAGAGAUUCAUUGCCAAGAGAAUGGGGCUUCCUAAGAACUGCCUCCAUUUGCCC